GGCGCAGUAGUGAGAGCGGACAGUCCAAGUGGAUACUGGGAGUCUCCUACUUGAAUUUCCAAGAGCAUCAUACUCCACGAUAUGAUCACUAUUUCAGUUGUGAUUGGUCUUGUGGUGAAAUAAUUUGUUGUGCUGCCAGAAGGAGUACCACCGCAGAAGCUGAAGUCAUGGAUGUCGAGGAACAACUGCGAGCUAAAAUUGAGGAAUUAAAUAGAGACCGGGCAUUUCUGGAAGAGGAGAACCGAGCCUUAGCAAUCCGGGCCGAAGGAGUUGAAAUUCUAAGCAAAAUGCUGGAACACACGCAAAAAGAGGCUAACGAAUUGCGCGGGAAGCUCGCAACCCGACUUGCUGAUGACGGAAGUGGAAUGGCACAAGCCAAAGCACAAGCUUCAAAUGGUGGCAGCUUUGAGAAGUCAAGAAGUGAAGGCGAUAUAUCCCUAGAUGUGUCUCCAUGGAAUACCGUUGAUACUUCUGCUAUGGAUGAAAUACAAAAGGAACUUUGCAGUUUGCUGCAGAGAAACAAAGACCUCGCAAUGCAGCUAGAAGCAACUUUACAGGAGCAAGAAGGCAUCUCGGGUGACGAUCAGGCUCUCGUGGAACAACUCAAUCGCUUGAAGGCGGAGCUUGAAAAAUAUCAAGUGCCUUCGAAGCUCCGUGAUGAGGCUAAUCGGCUUAAGAAUAAGUUGACUGAUAUUGCCGUGCGACGGGGAACUACUUGUGGGAAGCUUCAAAAAGAGAUUGAUUCUGUGAAGCUUAAGCUACGUGAUAUAGAAAACCGCAUUUCUCCUUAUAAAACAGAUACAACAAGUGAUUUCAGAAACGACUGUAAUAUUCCCCAGAUCUUCAACCCCCAAUCAAAACUAUCUGAUCCGUUCAGCCUGGAAUUUACGGAGAUGAUAACAGAUGAAUUGAGCAAUAAAGAUGCCCCAAGGGGCCUGCCAGCUGUAAAACCCCGUCAAGAUGUCAAAGAAAUGAAAGAUAUAAUAGAAAUGCUUAGGGUGGAAAGUACAGAGUUGAAGAAGCAAAUUGAUGAACUCAAGGCAGAAAAAGUUGAGAUUAUCAAGGUGAACCAUUCAUGGGAUGCCCGUUACAAGAAGUUACAGGAGCUCUUUAAAAAGGAGAUUAAAGAAAGAGACAGUUCAUACCACAAACUGCAGAGGGAAUUAAGUUUUGAGCACAAAAAUGCUCACGCUUCAGUCAAAGAUUUACUUGAACAAAAAGAUAAACAUAUUGAAGACCAAUCAAAGCAAAUCAGAGAAUUACAAGAAGAACUGACCAAGGUUAGAAGUGAAGGUUUUAGGGUGGACCCAGAACAAAUCCCAAGGGAACUUGAAGCAAAAUAUAAGCAAGCAAAGAAAUUGUUUUUUGAGCAGAAGCGAGAAAAAGAAAUCACGAUGAAAAGAGAAGAGGCAGCUUUGGAAGAGUGUCAAAUGCUGAGGGAUGCUGUAGACAUUCUUGAAAGAGAGUCAAAGGCAUUGGUUAGCAGGAACAGGACAUUAACAGAAGAAAUUCAGCGUCUCACAAUUGUUAUAGGUGCAGCCUCUCCGGGACAGUCAAGGUCAUCUCCACCUUCCUUUAUGGAUCCAGGAAAUCAAGGUCUGGGUAGACAAAGGAGUGUUGUGUCAGAAGAACAAAUUGAAGUUUUGAAACAGCAGAUUGCUAUUUAUGCAGAAGAUUUCAACUCAGAAAGGGAAGAGAAGGAAAAAAUUGCAGAGCAGGUAAAAAGAGUAACUGCAAAAUUGAGAGAGACAGAGAAGAAGUGUAGAAGCUUAGAAAAUGAGCUGAAAAUAAAAGAAGAACGCCUUCGAACGACUCGUUAUGGAGAAAGAUACCAGCCACUUGAUAUAUAUGAUGACUUGCUUGGGCCUGGCUAUGCAAAUGUCGUUCGAAAGCCUGCAUCCCAGUUGCAAGAAUAUAAGUCGCCAGAGGAGGCAAGAAAUUUCCAAGAGUAUCGACAGUUGUUGGAAGACAAAUAUAGAAUAAAUGAGAGAAUGACAGAGCUAGAAAAUAGAGGGUCAGAUAGAUUCAGUCCGAGGAGACAAGAUUAUUAUGGAAAUAUGAUGUUGGUUGGAAGAGACCCAACUCAGUUAGGUAUGAUGGAACAAAACAAUGAAAGAGAGUCAAGCAGUGAAAUGUAUGUUAAUGGCCAUGUUGUGAAGGAUGGUGGAAAGCUGCCACUCGGAAAAAGCAGAUCUUUUGAGGGCUUGUCAGAAUUCGGUGGUUUUGGGAUUGAAACUGGAAAUUUUCGUAACGGAAUACUCAAUUAGCCAUGAUGAAAAACUCAGUGAAAACUUUAAAAAUCUAAAGCACAUCAGUAUAAGAAUAUUAUUCACCGGGAAAACACAAUAUCCUGAAGUAGCUGUUCAGAUUAUUUUUAAAUUAUUUUCUAAUUUAAUCGUUGAUGCAAAUGCAUACUUAUCUGUACUACAAUGUUGGCACCCGAACCCAACUCAAUUAGCGCUAUUCAAAUCACGCUUAGUAAAGAACAUGGAAACCAAUUUUAGAAAUUCCGCAUAAUUCUCUGGCAUUUGCAACUAGACCUUUCCUAUUUGAUUUGUUUUUUGGGUUUUGUUCAGUUUUGUAGAUAUAAACGCCAAUCCGUUUAAAUUUAAUUAUUUUUUUUCCAUUACCUUAAUAUUGUGCAGCUACGCUGUUAUAUUAAAAUAGAAAACAGUGUGCUUCCUAG